AUGGAGUUCGACAGCGAGGCUCUCAGGCGACUCCUUGGCAAGUACAAGUUCAGGGAUCUAACUGUGGAAGAACUGAAGAAUGUAAACAUGUUUUUCCCACAUUUCAGAUAUUCCAUGGAUACCUAUGUUUUCAAAGAUAGUUCCCAGAAAGACCUACUGAAUUUUACUGGUACUAUUCCUGUGAUAUAUCAGGGUAAUACAUAUAACAUACCUAUUCGUUUGUGGAUUUUGGAUUCUCACCCUUUUGCUCCCCCCAUUUGCUUCUUAAAGCCAACUGCAAAUAUGGGAAUCUUAGUUGGAAAGCAUGUGGAUGCUCAAGGCAGAAUAUACUUGCCCUAUCUCCAGAACUGGAGCCAUCCUAAAUCUGUCAUUGUUGGAUUAAUUAAAGAAAUGAUUGCCAAAUUUCAAGAGGAACUUCCCCUGUAUUCUCUGUCAUCAUCUGACGAGGCACGGCAGGUAGACUUGCUAGCCUAUAUUGCAAAAAUUACUGAAGGUGUCUCAGAUAUAAAUUCAAAGAACUGGGCAAAUCGUGAGAAUAAAACAGUCAGUAAAAUUACCGUGGUUGGAGGUGGAGAAUUGGGAAUUGCCUGCACAUUAGCAAUUUCAGCCAAAGGCAUUGCAGACAAACUGGUCCUUUUAGACUUCUCAGAAGGGACCAAAGGAGGGAUGAUGGACCUUGACAUCUUCAACCUGCCUAAUGUGGAGAUCAGCAAAGAUUUGUCUGCCUCUGCUCAUUCCAAGGUGGUGAUCUUCACAGUCAACUCUCUGGGUAGUUCUCAGUCCUACCUUGAUGUGGUACAGAGCAAUGUGGACAUGUUCAGAGCCCUUGUCCCAGCUCUGGGACAUUAUAGUCAGCACGGUAUCCUGCUCGUUGCAUCUCAACCAGUGGAAAUCAUGACCUAUGUGACUUGGAAGCUGAGUGCAUUUCCUGCAAACCGAGUGAUUGGAAUUGGGUGCAAUCUGGAUUCACAGAGAUUACAAUAUAUUAUUACAAAUGUCUUGAAGGCACAGACUUCAGGAAAAGAAGUAUGGGUUAUUGGUGAACAGGGAGAAGACAAAGUGCCCAUAUGGAGUGGCCAAGAGGAAGUAACAAAUCAUGACUCUCAGAUGCAGCUGUCCAAUAGGGCCAUGGAACUAUUAAGGGUAAAAGGUCAAAGAUCAUGGUCUGUUGGACUAUCAGUAGCUGACCUGCUUGACAGUAUUGUGAAUGAUAAAAAGAAAGUACAUUCUGUAUCAGUUUUAGCAAAGGGAUAUUAUGAUAUAAAUAGUGAAGUGUUUUUAAGUUUGCCUUGCAUCCUUGGAACUAGUGGAGUGUCUGAAGUCAUCAAGACCACAGUGAAAGAAGAAACAGUGACUGGGAAACUCCAAAGCAGUGCAUCCUCCAUCCAUGGUCUCCAGCAACAGUUAAAACUUUGA